AUUGGCUUUUGUGAUUAAGCAUAAAGCUGGCCUCUGCUGCGGAUCAGUAUUCUAUCUAUUUCGACUUUCUUUUUUCUUCUGGAUAGAAAGAAGAACUACAACAUGGCAUUUGGUGUUGUAGAUUUCUUCAAGGAUAAGAAUAUGCUAGUGAUCGGUGGCACAGGCUUUCUAGGGAAAGUUUUUAUAGAGAAAAUUCUCCGAGUGCAGCCUGAAGUUGGACAGAUUUUUACUCUAGUGAGGGCAAAAGAUCUAAAAUCUGCCCAGGCCAAGAUCCAAAAAGAGAUGAUAUUCACAGAGUUGUUCAGGCUUUUACAAGAUCGUUACGGAGGAGAGUAUGAGAAUUUCAUGGCACAAAAGAUUAUUCCAGUUGUGGGUGACGUUUCAAUAGACGACUAUCUAGGGAUUGAAGAAGAGCAGAGAGAUGAAAUUUGUUCCAAGGUCGAUAUAGUUGUCAACCUUGCAGCCACCACCAAGUUCUAUGAGAGGUACGAUGUCUCCCUGGGUGUAAACGUGGUUGGGGCUAUUCACGCUAUAAAUUUCUGUAGAAAAUGCAAAAAUCUGCAAAUCCUGAUUCACGUCUCGACCGCGUAUGUAAAUGUAGGGAGGACUGGUAUAAUCGCUGAGGAAACUGUUAAAAUAAGAGCAGGAGUCACAUUUGGGCCAGAUUAUAUAAAAGGAGAAGUGGAUUUGAUAAGAAAGAGUCUGGAGGAGACGACAAGCACUGCUUAUUUAUCUGAUACCAAGGAAGAGAGCAAGCGAAUGAAAGAGCUUGGGCAAGAGAGAGCAAGAAACUUUGGGUGGCCAAAUGUUUACGUUUUCACAAAAGCCGUUGGAGAGAUGAUGGUGGAUCAGCUGAGAGGUGAUCUGCCAGUUGUUAUUCUUCGCCCCGCCAUCAUUGAAAGCACUCUAGCUGAACCAUUCCCCGGAUGGAUGGAAGGCAACAGAAUGCUAGAUCCCCUCAUUACUGGAUAUGGAAAAGGACAAAUAAAGAUAUUUGCUGCAAAGAAGAACUUAAUAAUUGAUGUGGUUCCUGUGGAUAUGGUGGUAAACUGCAUGAUUGCUUGUAUGUACAAACAUGCUAAAGAACCUGAUCUAUUUAUAUAUCAAGUGGCUACUUCUGUUGAAAAUCCAUUGUUCUACGAUGUUGGUGUUACUGCUGCUUACAACUACUUUUUGUUACACCCAUGCAAAACUAAGAAGGGUAAGAUUGUGAAAGUGGAAAGACCUUUUGUGAUAAGGAGUAUGGAAAGUUUUCGACAAUAUAUGAAACUGCAUUACAAGAUCCCAAUCGAGGUGCUUUAUUGUGUGAGCUUGCUUCUUUGUGGCCUUCAAAGACAACAAUAUAAUCAACUACUUUAUAAGUAUAAUAUGGUUAUGAAGUUAGCAACAUUGUACGAGCCUUUUAUUUUCUUUCAAGGAAAGUUUGAUAACUCCAAUACUAAUCGACUGUGGGAGGAAUUAUCUAAAGAAGACCAACAAAAGUUUAUGUUUGAUGUUAAGUGCAUAGAUUGGGCCGAUUAUUUCUUUAAUGUACAUAUUCCAGGGUUGCUUGAAUAUGUUCCUAGUUGACAAAUUGUUGGCCUAGAAAAAAAUAAUGCACAUUUCAUGUGGAGCCGAAGGGCAUGUCAUGCUAGUGUUACUAGGUCACAUUAAAAAGUUUAUGAGGCACUUAUUUCAAAAAUGAAAUAAGAAAACUAAUGCAAACAAGGUCUUUAGUUGACCUUCUCCAAUUUAUCAUUCAUUAUGUUUUCCUUUAAUAUAUUAUUAACUUUUCAUAAAUUA